AUGAAUCGGUUCAAACUCAAUCAGCUUAUUGGAGCCGGAACAUAUGGAAGUGUGGUCAGAGCAGUCAAUAAGGAAACCGGAGAGGUGGUGGCCAUCAAGAAAAUUAAACGAACCUAUUCGAGUUGGGAAGAAUGUAUAAAACUCAAAGAAGUACAGACCCUCCGAAAAUUAAAUCAUCCCAAUAUUAUCAAACUCAAAGAAGUGAUACGUGAAAAUCAAGAAUUAUAUUUUGUGUUUGAGUUUAUGGAGGCAAAUUUAUAUCAAGUGAUGAAAGAUCGCGACAAACUCUUCUCGGAAUCAAAGAUUCGAAAUAUAAUUUAUCAGGUCCUUCAAGGUCUUGCCUACAUGCACAAGAGUGGAUACUUUCAUCGUGACAUGAAACCAGAGAACUUACUGGUUCAUAGAGAUACUGUAAAAAUUGCAGAUUUCGGGUUGGCCAAAGAAACUCGCUCACGACCUCCGUUCACCGAAUAUGUCUCUACGAGAUGGUAUCGUGCACCUGAAGUUUUAAUGAAAUCACAAAAUUACAACUCACCGAUUGAUUUAUGGGCUGUGGGUGUCAUUAUGGCCGAGUUGUACACUUUUCGACCACUCUUUCCAGGACGAAGUGAGCCAGAUGAAAUUUUCAAGAUUUGCUCCGUAUUGGGAACUCCAACUCGAGAGACAUGGGAAGACGGCCUCAAACUAGCGGCCAGUAUGGGAAUGAAAUUUCCACAAUUUGUUCCAACUCCAUUAGAGAAUAUUAUUCAAAACGCGAGCCAUGAGGCUAUUCAACUCAUGACAGAUUUAUUGAAAUUUGAUCCAAUGAAAAGACCCACAGCAAGUCAAGCCUUGCAAUAUCCAUUUUUCCAAGUUGGCAUUUCAGUACCUAUCCCUCUCAAGUAUAACAUGAAUAGCAGAGUGCAGUCUGGUGUGUCACGAAAUAACAACAAUGAAAACCUCAACCAAAAUAAUAAUGCACAAAGUAGCAGUAAUGGAGAUGAUGUAUCUCCAUUAGCCAACCUGAAUAAUUUUGGAAACAACAAGAAACCUAUGAAUGUACAGUAUCAAGGCGUUAAAUCUUACCCUCCUUAUGCAAACCAACAAGGUGGCCUUACUCACCAUUCACAACAACCACAACAACCACCGAUGGUACCAUUUCCAAAUUAUAGUACACGGUCUCCCAACUCCAACAGCUCCUCAUCAGCUGCAGCGUCCAAUGGAAAUAAGUUAUUUUCAUAUUCAAGAUACAAACCAGGUGUUCAAUCGAGUGUAGAUAAGUCACAAGUCACGUCACGAGAUGGACGAGGGUCCUCCCGUGGUGGAAGUGGCCUUUCUAGAAAGCGGCUUCAACCACGAAGGGUUGAAAACCAACCAAGCCAUUACUCGAGCAAUUCGACACAACAAACUCCACCCUCAUCGUUGUAUGAUUUUUCCAGAAAAUAA